AAUUACGAUGAGGCGGAGAUGAUGAAAUGCGCACGACAAAUGAUCCUAAAGCUAUCCGUCGUAAGCGACACCAUACCGUCCUCCCUCUUUCUCAAACGGGUCUUUUGCUCUAUGGAACGAGCAAUUGGCAGGGGGGCGUAUGCCGAUGUCUACUGCGGAUCUUACGAGGAACAACCUAUUGCAUUGAAACAACUCAGGAUCUUUGGAGAUUCCGAGCCAUCGCAACCCCAUAAAGAUCUGUAUCGAGAAGCCCUACUAUGGCGUCAGCUCAGACACCCUUGCAUACUCCCAUUUCUGGGACUGUAUGAGGACACGCAUGCAAAGGAUCUGUGCAUGGUCUCCCCUUGCAUGUCAGGUGGCAGCCUUCUAGACUUUGUGAAGAAGUUCGUGGUUGAAGUAGAUGUUGUCAACCUUCUCAUAGACGCGAUCGGGGGUCUUUGUUACCUCCACGAUCAAUCUUUUGUUCACGGAGAUUUGCGAGCGGCCAAUGUUCUCAUCGAUGAGCAUGGUCGUGCAUACCUUGCAGACUUCGGUCUCAUCUCCUUC